UAAAACUCUGUAAAAGCUAAAGGAUAAAGGAGGAAGAAACUGGGGCGACGACGAGGAGAACAGACCAGUACGGGCACAAAAACACACUCGUCUCUCCCAAAUCCUCGUUUCUCGGGCCACCUAUUUUCACUGGACUCGAGAAUUUCUUUUACUCCUUUUCAGUUUUUGUUUCUUUGUUUUUUUCUCCAUUUUUUUAAGUUUACUCUUCUUUCGCGAGAGGGAGAGAGAAGCAGAGUCACUUUGAUUGAGUAGAGAGAGAAAGGGCUGGAAAUCCCCAUGGAUGAUGAUGAAUUGCUGGUGUCUUGGAUUUGACGGACUUCUCAUAGAAAACCCCAGGGAAUUUUAGGAUGUUGCCUAGGGUUUUUGAUGGAUGAAAAUUGUCCUUAGGGGGUAGGUUCUCAUGGGUUGAAGUGUCUAGUCAAUGAUGGGGAGCUUGAGCGAGGAAGAUGAUCAAUUUUUUGACACCCGUGAGGAUGUUUCCUCGGUAUCAGAUUCGGGAUCUGAUUGCCCCGACAAUUCUGACUUUGAUUACCGCGUUGUUAAUUCUUAUCGGCCUAAUUUUGGAUAUGAAGUAUGGAUUAAAAAUCCAAUUAGCAUUUAUGAGCGGCGGAAUAAGUUUCUAAAGUGGAUGGGGUUAAGUGUAGAUCAAUCAGAGAGUGAAGAUUCUGCUAAAAUUUCUUGUGGUGAAGUUGAAGUGGAGACGGAUAGAAUGAUAGAUCAUAGUGGGGCAGUCUUGAGAUCAUCAACUUUUGAUGAUAGGUUUUCUUCUAGCCAGUCUUCAAUAUCAUGCUUGUCAAACGAUGCUGGGGAAUCGCUAGAUGGGGCAUUGGAGGAGAAUUUUCUAUGUAGAAUUAGGAAUUUGGAUGAUGGAACAGAGUUUAUUGUCGAUGAACUUGGGCAAGAUGGCAUGUUCGGUAGACUGCGUGAAGUGGGUUCAAACCGAUUGCUCACUGUCGAUGAAUUUGAAAGAAGUCUUGGGCUAUCUCCUUUAGUUCAACAAGCCAUGCGGAAAGAUGUCAAAGAGGCUGGCAGUUUACAUGAUUCAAGAAGGCGGGUGAAGAAAGGAUGGUUGAGGAGACUAGGAGCUGUAGCUUGCAUUGUUGAUAGGCAAUUGGAAUCUGGUACUGUUAUAUCUAAUGAUUCCUUGGCAGGUACGAGCCCAAAGAAACAAGCAGUUAGGGUUCGCUCUUACAAAAAGCGCUCCAAGGAAUUCUCAGCUCUUUACAUUAGACAAGAUAUAAAGGCUCACGAGGGUUCAAUUUUAACAAUGAAAUUCAGUGCUGAUGGUCAGUACCUUUCAAGUGCUGGGGAGGAUGCUAUUGUGCGUGUAUGGCAGGUAGUAGAAACAGAGAGAUCAGAAGUGUUUGACAUUCAUGACAUGGAUUCUUCAUUUAUGUACUUCACAGUAAAUAAUCUCUCUAAAAUAGUCCCCCUUCAUAGAGACAAAAUUAAUAAAAAAGGAAAAUCUAAUAGUGCGAGGACAAUACCAGAUUCAAGUUGUGUCAUUUUCCCCCAGAAAGUUUUCAGUAUAAUGGAGAGACCGAUACAUGAGUUCAGUGGUCAUUCUGGUGAAGUAUUGGAUCUCUCAUGGUCAAAAAAUAAGUUUAUCCUGUCAUCCUCUGUUGAUAAAACUGUUCGCUUAUGGCAAGUGGGAUGUGACCAAUGCUUAAAAGUAUUUUACCACAGCAACUAUGUGACAUGUGUUCAGUUUAAUCCUGUGGAUGAUGAUUCCUUCAUUAGUGGUUCUAUAGACGGAAAGGUUCGCAUCUGGGCAAUUUCUGGUUGUCAAGUUGUUGAUUGGACUGAUAUAAAUGAAAUAGUUACAGCUGUGUGUUAUCGCCCUGAUGGAAAGGGUAUAAUUGUAGGUUCCAUAGCUGGCAAUUGUCGCUUCUAUGAUGCAUCAGAUAAUCGCCUGCAGCUGUACACUCAAUUAUGCCUGCAGGGUAAGAAGGCUCAGUCCAAGAGGAUAACUGGCUUUCAGUUUUCUCCAACUGAUCCAAGCAAAUUAAUGGUCUCUUCUGCUGAUUCACAAGUUAAGAUCUUUAGUGGUGUUGAUGUGAUCUGCAAAUUUCGAGGUGUUCGCAACACAGGAAGCCAGAUUUCUGCAUCUUUUACCUCUGAUGGGAUGCAUGUUGUUUCUGCAAGUGAGGAUUCUAAUGUCUAUAUGUGGAACUAUGUUAACCAGGAUGGACCUGUUCACAAGGUGAAGAACAUUUGGUCUUGUGAACACUUCUUUUCAAACAAUGUAUCAGUUGCGAUACCUUGGAGCAGGACAACAUGUGGGAACUCUACCUUGUCAAGUAUAGCAGCAACAUCCCAAAUUUCUAAACAAUCUGUGAACUUAUGGAGAUGCAGUGAGGAAAGAGGAGCACAGCAAUUUGAGUGUGGCGAGAGUUCUGAACAAAACUUGCCAUUUUCUUCUCCUGAUAAUUUCUCACUGAGCCAUGGGCUUCUGUCAGAAACUUUGCCGAAAGGUUCUGCAACCUGGCCAGAGGAGAAGCUUCCUUGUCCUCACUCACUGCAUGUAUUGCCUGCAAUGUGUAAAUCCCAGUACAAGUUUCUGAAGACAUCGUGCCAAGGCAUGCUUAGCUCUCCUCAUGCAUGGGGCCUCGUGAUUGUAACUGGUGGUUGGGAUGGGCAUAUCAGAUCAUUCCAGAAUUAUGGAUUUCCAGUUCGACUUUAGCUGCAAAGACUCAAAGAUAUUUUAGAGAUGAUGUGAGUGGUUUUUCCAUUGAUUCAGGCAGAAUAUGGUAUGCCAUCAUGCUGCAGGCGCCAUUCUAAUCCAAGUAUGGGGUCAAAGGGGCUGACUGUUUUCCAGGUGUAUAAUUAUGGAUAUCGACUGAACAUACAGCGUCAGUUGCUCCCUUGUUAAUUUGUACAUGGAGAAUAUUGGAAAUGAUAUUACAGAAAUCUUGGUUUUUUGGCAGACCUAGACUUUAAAAGUAUGUUGCAACGCAAGCAAAUCUUCGGAGUACGAAAGAAUGGGCGGUAGGAUGUUACCUGCGCAUUAGUUUAUGGUGCAAAUAUGUCAUUCUUUAAUUUGUUCAUUUACAAAUUGCCCCACCUAAAUGCCCUAACGACAUAGAGGAGUCAUGUCAAGAAGGUUUAUUGGAAGUUACUGGUGUAUCAUUGAGGUGUGUUGUGGGGUCUUUUGUAGAAUCAUUUUUCCUUUACAGAAAAGAAAAAAAGGUGAAAAUCAUAGCUUGAGGCGGCGAGAUAGCCAUGAAGAAUUGGUGGGGAUUUCUCCUUUUCAUUAUUUGAGGGGUGGUUGAAUAAUUGGCUUGUCUGUUUGCAUAGCGAAUGUGGAUCAUGCUGUCAGAGUAAUAACAGGCUGCUUGUGUACUCUAGUGGGAAGGACUAAUUCUUAAUUGAAUUGUUAAAGUCUCCUUUCUGUUGUUGUGCUCUGUUUCGAUUUCAAUUUUCAAGCCGCGCUGAGCCUUUGCCUUGGUAGGAUUACUUGGCUGAGACUAGAGUAGAGUCCCUGCUUGUAAUGCUGGUAGGGCAACUCCUGGUAUCAUGUCAGGAAUCUGUGUUUGCAAGCUUAUUUUUUUGAUUGCCCCAGGGAACUUUAACAACUUGGUUUCAGUAUCCAAGUUCAAGGGAGUGCAGAUAUUGUACUGGACUAAUGUUUACUUAUGGCAAGUGUCAUUACUUUGAAUUGAUUGGUGUUUAUACUAUCAUUGCGAAAUGAAGCAAUCCAUGCGAAUGCGCGGUUAAAAUUGAAGUGCAA